AUGUCACGUGUUAACAAACCUCCAAUCUCUAUCUCCCGUCUUUUGUGCAAUCUGAAGGAUAAGACUGAUAAGGUUGCUGUGGUCGUUGGUACUGUUACAGAUGAUAAUCGGGUGUUGGACAUCCCUAAAAUUACAGUUGCGGCGCUUCGCGUCACGAAGACACUCAAAGCUAGGAUUUUAAAGGCUGGUGGUGAAGUUAUUACCUUAGACCAAUUGGCGUUGCGUGCCCCUACCGGUUCAAAUACAGUUUUACUUAGAGGCCCUAAGAAUGCUCGAGAGGCUGUUAAACACUUUGGCAUGGGUCCUCAUAAGAAAGCCAAACCUUAUGUUCGAUCUAAGGGUAGAAAAUUUGAAAAAGCCCGUGGUCGUCGAGCCUCUCGUGGUUAUAAG